GAAUGCAGCAGCAGCAGCAGCAGCAGCAGGCUGACUGGCUCUGUGAAGAUGGCGGACUGUAUACGUGUUCCUCUGCCCCUGCUCCUGCUUUUGAUGUGCAUCUUGUCGUCUUUGCAGCCAAUUGAAGGAGACAUCAACGUUGUCGCUAAACUCGCUGCGAAAUCCGAUAACUUACCGAACCCGGCCGGAGGUCCGGGGCCGGCUGCGGUGAACCCGGUAGCCGCUGAGAGGAACCCGGGGGCCGGGGCCUCGCUGCCUCGGCGGCGCUCUGCCGGCUGGAAGUUGGCUGAGGAGGCGGUGUGUAGGGAGGACCUGACCCGGCUUUGCCCCAAACACUCGUGGAACAACAACCUGGCGGUGUUGGAGUGUCUACAGGACAGAAAGGAGGAAACAGAGAUUGCUGCAGAAUGCAACCAUCUGCUGUGGAACUACAAGCUGAACCUGACCACCGACCCAAAGUUUGAGUCUGUAGCCGUGGAGGUCUGCAAGAACACCAUCUCAGAGAUCAAAGAAUGUGCGGCAGAGGAGUUGGGGAAAGGCUACCUGGUGUCCUGUCUGGUGGAUCACCGUGGAAACAUCAGCGACUACCAGUGCAACCAGUACAUCACCAAGAUGACCACCAUCGUCUUCAGCGACUACCGGCUGAUCUGCGGCUUCAUGGACAAGUGCAGAGAGGACAUCAACGCCCUGCGCUGCGGCAGCAUCAGCACCGGAGAGAAGGACAUCCACUCGCAGGGUGAGGUGAUCGCCUGUCUGGAGAAAGGUUUGGUGCGAGAGGCCGAGGAGCAGCCGGGGGCUCACCCCAUCAAAGACGAGUGUAAGAAGUCCAUCAUGAGAGUGGCAGAGCUCUCCUCAGACGACUUCCACCUGGACCGUUACCUGUACUUCGCCUGCCGCGAGGACCGAGAGCGCUUCUGUGAAAACACUCUGGCCGGAGAAGGACGAGUUUACAAAUGUCUCUUCAAUCACAAGUUUGAGGAAGCGAUGAAUGAGAGGUGCCGCGAGGCGUUGACCACUCGGCAGAAACUCAUUGCUCAGGACUACAAGGUGAGCUACUCGCUGGCCAAAGCCUGCAAGUCCGACCUGAGGAAAUACCGCUGCAGCGCCGACUCCAACAUGCCGCGAGCCCGAGAAGCUCGUCUGUCGUACCUGCUGCUGUGUCUGGAGUCUGCAGUCCACAGAGGCCGCGUGGUGAACGGCGAGUGUCAGGGCGAGAUGAUGGAUUACAGGCGGAUGCUGAUGGAGGAUUUCUCUCUGAGUCCGGAGAUCGUGCUGCACUGCCGCAGCGAGAUCGAGGGUCACUGCUCCGGCCUUCACCGAAAAGGACGCACGCUGCACUGCCUGAUGAGGGUCGGACGAGGAGACAUGGGAGCCAUCGACCCCAACUGUCAGAAGGCGCUCCAGACUCUGAUCCAGGAAGCCGACCCCGGAGCAGACUACCGCAUCGACCGAGCGCUCAACGAGGCCUGUGAGUCAGUCAUCCAGACUGCCUGCAAACACAUCCGUAAUGGAGACCCCAUGAUCCUGUCGUGUCUGAUGGAGCAUCUGUAUACGGAGAAGAUGGUGGAGGACUGUGAGCACAGGCUGCUGGAGCUGCAGUACUUCAUCGCCAGAGACUGGAAGUUGGAUCCCAUCUUGUAUAAAAAAUGUCAGGGGGACGCCGCUCGCCUCUGCCACACUCCCGGCUGGAACGUGACGAGCGAGAUGAUGCCGCCUGGCGCCAUUUUCUCCUGCCUGUACCGCCACGCCUACCGCUCUGUGGAGCAGGGACGGAGGCUCCCCGAUGGAGCGUCUGAAGCAGAAACCAAGGGAGUGACUCUCUCCAGGGACUGUAAGGUGGAGGUGCAGCGGAUUCUCCACCAGAGGGCGCUGGACGUGAAGCUGGACCCUGAGCUGCAGAAGCGCUGCAUGACUGACCUGGGGAAGUGGUGCAGCGAGAAGACGGAGGCCGGCCAGGAGCUGGAGUGUCUGCAGGAUCACCUGGAGGAUCUGGUGUCCGACUGCAGAGACGUGGUGGGGAACCUGACGGAGAUGGAGUCAGAGGAUAUUCAGAUUGAGGCGCUGCUGAUGAGAGCCUGUGACCCCGUCAUCCAGGCCCACUGCCACGAGGUGGCUGAUAAUCAGAUCGACACCGGGGAUCUGAUGGAGUGUUUGGUUCAGAACAAACAUCAGAAGGAGAUGAACGAGAAGUGUGCAGUGGGAGUGACGCACUUCCAGCUGAUUCAGAUCAAGGAUUUCCGUUUCUCCUACAAGUUCAAGACGGCGUGUAAGGAGGACGUCCUCAAACUGUGUCCCAACAUCAAGAAGAAGGUCGACGUGGUGAUCUGCCUCAGCACCACGGUGAGGAACGACACCCUGCAGGAGGCCAAGGAGCAGCGCGUGUCCGUCAAGUGUCGCAAACAGCUGCGGGUGGAGGAGGUGGAGAUGUCGGAGGAUAUCCGCCUGGAGCCCGAGCUGUACGACUCCUGCAAGCAGGACAUCACCAGACUGUGUCAGAACAUCGCCUUUGGAAACGCACAGGUAAUCGAGUGUCUGAAGGAGAGCAAACUUAAGCUGACUCAGCGCUGCCACCAGCGGAUCUUUAAGCUGCAGGAAACGGAGAUGGUCGAUCCUGAGCUGGACUACCAGCUGAUGAGAGUCUGCAAGCACAUGAUCAGGCGUUUCUGCACGGAGUCGGAGGGAAAGAAUGUCCUUCAGUGUCUGAAACAGAACAAGAACAGCGAGCUGAUGGACCCCAAAUGUAAACAGAUGAUCACCAAGAGACAGAUCACCCAGAACACAGACUACAGGCUGAACCCAGUCCUCAGGAAGGCGUGUAAAGCUGACAUCCCCAAGUUCUGUCAGCCAAUCCUGAACAAGGCGACAGCGGACAACGAGCUGGAGGGUCAGGUCAUCUCCUGCCUCAAACUGAAAUACGCCGACCAGCGUUUGUCUCCAGACUGCGAGGACCAGAUCCGGGUCAUCCUGCAGGAGUCGGCGCUCGACUACAGACUGGACCCUCAGCUGCAGCUGCACUGCACUGAAGAGAUUUUCGCGCUGUGUCCCGAGGAGGCGGCAGCUCAGGAGCAGACGGGGCAGGUGGAGGAGUGUCUGAAGGUGAACCUGCUGAAGAUCAAACAGGAAGGAUGCAAGAAGGAGGUGUUGAACAUGUUGAAGGAGAGUAAAGCGGACAUCUUCGUCGACCCUGUCCUCCACACGGCCUGCGCUCUGGACAUCAAACAUCAGUGUGCAGCCAUCCCACCUGGCAAGGGGCGCCAGAUGUCGUGUCUGAUGGAGGCGCUGCAGGACAAACGUGUUCGUCUGCAGCCGGAGUGCAAGAAGAGACUUCAGGAUCGCAUCGACAUGUGGAGCUACGCUGCCAAGGUGGCUCCUGCUGAGGGUUUCUCAGACCUCGCCAUGCAGGUGAUGACAUCACCAUCCAAGAACUACAUCCUGACUGUGAUUGGUGCGGGCGUGGCGGUGCUCUUCCUGAUGGGGCUCCUCUGCGGCAGAAUCACCAAACGCGUCACUCAGGAGCUGAAGGACAGGUAGACCCCGCCCACUCCGGGGUCAGGACACGCCCACGGGAGAAACAACCACAGCUGGAAAAAAAAAAAAACAGGAAAACCUCCCCCCCUCUGAAUCUCCUCCCCCCUCCUCGUCAAAACACUCCCACCCUGGGCUCUUUUUUUUUCUGAAAUCGCCGGAAUGACAUUACCCACAAUCCUGCAGGAGGAGGUGGGCUUUAUCAGCGACUCAUCUGCUCUUCCUGUCUAUAAGCCCUGCCCACUUUUCUUCUUUUUUUUAAAUUUCCUCUCUUCCUGAACAGUCCUCCUGCAAUUUAACAGCACACUCACUCAUCAGUGCAGAUGCAGUAUGUUUCCUCUUCUGUUUGUUCUCCUGUCGGGAGGAGGGGGAGGUGGGGGGGGGGGGGGGGGGGGUAUGGUUUUGGGGGUGACAGAUAAAUAAAGGGGGAAGAGAGGGAGGCAAAUUCAACCGUAUAAAGUGUAAAUGUGUAGAAAUUGGGAUGGGAAAUGCUCAUGUAUAGAGCUCUUUAAUGACUCCAGUAUUUGCGUGACUACAGAGCGAGUGUGUGUGAGCGAGCAAGUGUGUGAGAGUGCGAGAAAAAGCGAGUGUGUGUGUGUGAUCUAAAUUGUCUUUCUACGGUCAUAUUGUUCUCGUUUGUGCUCCUGCUUAAAUGGCUUUUGAGGGUUCGUUUGACUCUGGAUAUAUCCUUUUUUUUUUUUUGGGUGAUGUGUGUUCGUUUGAUUAUAUCGCCAUGGGACUGCCAGGCGGGCGGUGCCAACCAGCCAGCCCUCCGCAUCACAAAACACAAAACACUCCACUGCAGCUCGCUUCAAGCUCCUCCCACGACAGGAAUGAUUUGAUUAACUUUUCACACGGCAAAUCUCCUUUUAUGCAGUCUGAUUGUCUUUUUUCUUUUUUCCCAGCCCAACCUGUGCCAUAAACGCAUCACGUUGUUGGAUAUCACACCUUACGAUGUUUCCAUCACACCGUCUGUACUUUUCUAGAGGGGCUGUUUACGCGCUGGCUGGUACUUUAAAGCUAAAAACAAUGCAGGAGAGAGAGAGAGACAAAUAAAAGAAAUGAAAAGAUUCUAGAUUAUUAUAGAGAUGUGAACAUUUUUGUGUAAAGAUGAUACUGGAAUCAUUGCACAUUUUUCAUUAAUUUUUUUUAUAUCUAUAAAUAUAUAUAUAUAUUGUUUUGCCAUAGCCUUAUUUAUUUGUUUACUAAUGGUCAAAGUUUUUUUUUUCUAUGAUUUGAAUGUUCUCUGGUUGCCUUUUUUUCUUCAGUGAGCGAUUCAGCAUCCCUCCUUCCUGCAGGAGGAUUAGAAAGAGGGGGGGAUAUGGGGGAGGAUGCAUGUGGAGGAAGUUUGGCGUCCUCUGGGCAUCAACCUGCUUCAGAAGCUAAAUGAUGUUUUUUUUUUUUUUUUUAUGCAUGGAUGUGGAUGCCUCUGGGGGUUUUCAGACCAAAAGUGAAGCCAACAUUUUGUACACACGGAUACAAAGAAAACGUAACGAUGCCGGUUCAUGUAAAUGUAACACAUUCACACCAGGCAACCAUUUUUAACUCCAGCUAAGAUUUAUUUAAAGCUCUGUUGGAUGAGUUUUGAGAUUCUCCUGACAUCCAGCAGAAGACGGUCCAUCCAAACCCUGUUAAAAAAAUUUUUUGUUUGUAAUAUGUCAGAUGGAUCCGGCAAAGCUCGAGUUCAGACUUCCUUUACAUCAUGAUUUAGCAUCCUCUCAAUCUGUGUAUGGUUAAUGAAGGUCAGGGUUCAUAGCGCUGCAGGGAGACAGAUUUCAGCCGAUGUGUGACUUGUUGGAUUCAGUGAAACUGUCCCUGAAUGGAGACAGAUGGACCGGAGCUCCACAGCUGAAAGGAGGAACACUGUUCAGAGAAAUCCGGGUACUGACCCGAGCUAACAGGUCAUCAAAGACUAACCCAGAUGUUAUCACCUCCAGAUGUUAUGAAGCCGGGCAGAAUGCUGUGAGGUCGGGUUGUCACGACACCAGAAAGUUAAACUCAGAUACGAUGCUUUUUAAAAUCGAUAUCCAUACCCGAUCUGAUGCCACAAGAAGCCGUAGACCCCGAUUGGAUCAUUUCUCAUUUUCAAUGAUCAAAAAGUUGCAGGCCGACUCCUACAGAUUCAUUCCUCUCGUACGCAACUGUCGUAUGAAAUGGAGGAAAUGUUUUGUCCACUGUGUGUGUAAUGCGCGUGUGUCUGUGUUAACUGAAACACACACGGAGGGCUCGCUGAUCUGAGGUUUGCAAAUCCAGAAAAAAGACGUUUGCAACAUUUUUUUCUGUCUUCUACUUUGCUGUCUUUUUCAUCCUUCUCAUUAUUUUCAAAAUGCUAACAAGCAUUGUGCCCAACAUUUCUUCGAGCUGUCACUGUUACCUACUUGUGUGCGAAAAUCACGCGGCCUUCUGUGCUGUUGAAGAGUCCGCCUCGUCUGCUACUCGAUCAAGAUGAGGUCGAGAAAUGUUCAGAUUGUCUUUGUACUUGAAGUGUCCUGCAUUUCGCCUUAUUGUCAGCGUGGAUGCACUUAACAUGGCUGAUAUGGGAGAAGUCGAGAUGAUGCUGGCUUCCUGUGGUCUCUGGUUAGUUUGUGGUCGGAGGUGAUUCAGUUCGGCUGCAGGUUUGCGCUCAAGGUUUCUGUUGUACCCUGAAUCGGAGAAUCGGGAUCUUUGCGUUGUCUGUGUGAAGCCAGAAGCCUUCUCGUGUGCCCUGGAACACAAAAGAGCGCCCCCCCUCUCUCGGCCCCGCCCCCCCAGCUCGAUCAUGUGUACAUGUGUACUAUACUGAGUGAUGACAUACUGUAAACUAUGUACGUGCAGUUUUUUGUUUUCUAACUGUGGAAGCUUGCUGUGGUGAGCGCUGCUCUCCUGCUUGUAAAUGAGACGUCCUGAUUCGUUGAAAAUGCCUUUAAUUUUUCUUUCUCCAUCUGACGUCAUCAAAGCGUGCCUACUCGCCGUCCCACCGAGGGAUCCCGCUGUACAGAACACCCCAGCAGAGGAGCACGUGGGCCUGUGUGUGUGUGUGUGUGUGAGACUGAGAUCAUGAGUGCAUCUGUUUGUGUGUGUGUCGCCCACAGAUGCUGUGCGAUCUCCGCUCGGUUCCUCGCUGUUCUCGUCGUCCCGAGCGAUGCUGACUUGAACAUCUUGAUUUAAAGUUUGUGCUGAUUUAAAGAUGUUUUUGUAAACAAUGUUUUGUGUCUGAAUCCGCGGAGCUCCUGAUCAUCUGAUUUUUUUUUUUCUUCCCUCUGUCCACUUUUCUUUUUUUGGUUUCUUUUUGUUGUCGUUGUGUACAGAUGAAAAUUGGACAGUUUGUUAAUAAUAAUAAAGUCUGCAAGGUUUCUA